AUGAAAGAGCAGAAACAUCUUGAUCUCAACGUCUCCUCCAUCCCUGCUCAUGAGCUCUGUGAUGAUCUACACAGUGACCUCUGUGUCUCAGAUGAAGAUGUGUUUGUGUCCCUCAGUGAGCUGGACUACCACGAUGCUGCCACGGUCAACAGCCGCUGCCAGGGCAUCUGUGACCAGUGGGACAACCUGGGGACCCUGACCCAGAAGAGGAGGGACGCCCUGGAGCGUGUGGAGAAGCUGUGGGAGACCAUUGACCAGCUGUAUCUGGAGUUUGCCAAGAGGGCGGCGCCAUUUAACAACUGGAUGGACGGAGCCAUGGAGGACCUGCAGGACAUGUUCAUCGUCCACAGCAUCGAGGAGAUCCAGAGUCUGAUCACCGCUCACGACCAGUUCAAGGCCACCCUGCCCGAGGCCGACAAGGAGCGCAUGGCCACCAUGGGCAUCCACAACGAGAUCCUGAAGAUCGCCCAGACCUACGGCAUCAAGCUGUCCGGAAUCAACCCGUACACCAACCUCACCCCCCCGGACAUCAGCACUAAGUGGGACACCGUGAAGCACCUGGUGCCCCUCAGAGACCAAAUGCUCCAGGAGGAGGUGACCAGGCAGCAGGCCAACGAGAGGCUGAGGCGCCAGUUCGCUGCCCAGGCCAACAUCAUCGGGCCCUGGAUUCAAACCAACAUGGAGGAGAUCAGCCACGUGUCCGUGGACAUCGCCGGCUCCCUGGAGGAACAGAUGAACAGCCUGAAACAGUACGAGCAGAACAUCAUCAACUACAAGUCCAACAUCGACAAGCUGGAGGGCGACCACCAGCUGAGCCAGGAGUCCCUCAUCUUCGACAACAAGCACACCAACUACACCAUGGAGCACAUCCGCGUGGGCUGGGAGCAGCUGCUCACCACCAUCGCCAGAACCAUCAACGAGGUGGAGAACCAGAUCCUGACCCGCGACGCCAAGGGCAUCAGCCAGGAGCAGCUCAACGAGUUCAGAGCCUCCUUCAACCACUUCGACCGGAAGAGAAACGGGAUGAUGGACCCAGACGACUUCCGGGCCUGCCUCAUCUCCAUGGGCUACGAUCUGGGUGAGGUGGAGUUUGCUCGCAUCAUGACCCUGGUGGACCCCAACAACACGGGCGUGGUGACCUUCCAGGCCUUCAUCGACUUCAUGACCCGCGAGACCGCCGAGACCGACACCGCGGAGCAGGUCAUGGCCUCCUUCAAGAUCCUGGCCUCAGACAAGAACUACAUCACGGUGGAGGAGCUGCGCAGGGAGCUGCCGCUGGAGCAGGCCGAGUACUGCAUCAGCCGCAUGACCCGGUACAUGGCAGUGGACUGCCCGACCGGCGCCCUGGACUACAUCUCCUUCUCCAGUGCCCUCUACGGAGAGAGCGACUUAUAAGAACGCCUUCUCUUCACCUCCUCUCAUCCCUUCUUCCCAGCUUCCCCCUAUUCCUCCUGUUCGGAGAGAGCGAUUUGAAACCCUUCCACUGUCUUCAUCUGUUCUUAUCAUCUUUUCCUCUUUAAAUCUUAAC